CGGCGCUGAGGCGAUGGCGCAGGCGGCGGGCGGGCGCGACGCGCUGAGCCUGGAGGAGAUCCUGCGGCUGUACGGCCAGCCCAUCAACGAGGAACAGGCGUGGGCCGUGUGCUUCCAGGGCUGCGCCGCGCUGCUCACCGCCCGCCCGCCGCGCCGCCUGCGCUCGGCCGCCCAGCUGCGCGUCUGCAGCGACGGCCGGGUCGCCGUGGGCGCCGAGGAGGAGGAGGACGAGGGGCCGCCCGCCUCCGGUAAAUUGGGAUGCUCGCAAUGCACCGAAGAGGAGGUGAUCGAGUCCCUGGGCAUCAUCAUCUACAAGGCCCUGGACUAUGGCCUGAAGGAGAGCGAGGAGCGGGAGCUGAGCCUGCCACUGGAGCAGCUCAUCGACCUCAUGGCCAACACAGCCGAGGCCGAUGGCAGCCAUGAGGAGGGUGAGAGUGAGCAGGAGGCCCAGCGGCGGCCCGGGGCCAUCUGCUCCUACCGCGAUGUCAUGAAGAUGUGUGCCGCUCAUCUUCCGCCCAAGUCGGAGGCAGCAAAUCACUAUCGGGCCGUGUGCCGCGCCCUGUUCGCAGAGACUAUGGAGCUCCACACGUUCCUGACCAAGAUCAAGAGUGCGAAGGAGAACCUUAAGAAGAUCCAGGAAAUGGACCAGAGUGAUGAGUCCCACGCCGACCUGGAGGAGCUGAAGAACGCGGACUGGGCGCGUUUCUGGGUCCAGGUGAUGAGGGACUUGCGCAACGGGGUGAAGCUGAAGAAGGUGCAGGAGCGGCAGUACAGCCCGCUGCCCAUCGAGUACCAGCUCACGCCCUACGAGAUGCUGAUGGAGGACAUCCGCUGCCGGCGCUACACCCUUCGGAGAGUGAUGGUGAAUGGUGACAUUCCCCCUCGGCUGAGGAAGAGUGCCCACGAAAUCAUCCUGGACUUCAUCCGGUCCCGGCCGCCUCUCAAUCCGGUGUCAGCCAGAAAACUGAAGCCCACCCCUCCACGACCACGCAGCCUCCAUGAGAGAAUCUUAGAGGAGAUCAAGGCUGAAAGGAAGCUGCGGCCUGUCUCAGCCGAGGAGGUCCGCCGGAGCCAGCUAGCAAUACGGCCACUUAGCAUGUCUCACAGCUUUGACUUGUCAGAUGUGACCACACCAGAAUCUCCAAAGAGCCUCCGGGAGCCAUCACAGGUGAACGGGGCCUCACUGUCACCAGCAGAGCCGGGGAAGAGCGGGCAGAGCCCCGCUGGGCUGGCGCCUGUGGUUCGGAAGAGGCUGCUCAAGGCCCCGACGCUGGCCGAGCUGGACAGCUCUGACUCCGAGGAGGAAGCCCCACGCAAGCCCAGCAGCAGCAGCGGCAGCAGCAGCGUAUCCCCCUCCCUGCUCGAGGACCCUGUCCUGGAGGCCGUGUGCACAAGGAAGAAGCCUCCGAAAUUCCUGCCCAUAUCGUCCACGCCCCAGCCGGAGAGGCGGCAGCCGCCCCAGAGACGCCACUCCAUCGAGAAGGAGACGCCCACAAAUGUGCGGCAGUUCCUGCCUCCAUCCAGGCAGAGCUCCCGCUCUCUUGUUCCUAGGACGACCAGUGUAUGGCCAAGGACAUCUUUCCGACCGCUUUUCUCUACCAUACACACAGCUUCUCUGCUCGGCUCCCACCCUCUGGAAGCGGCCAUGUUUGGGGUGGCAGGGGCUGUGUAUUAUCUGUGUGAGAGAGCUUUGGCCAGCAGGUGGAGACCCGCACAGGAGGAGUUCUGCUACCCGGUGGAGUGCCUGGCGCUCACUGUGGAGGAGGUGAUGCACAUCCGGCAGGUGCUGGUCAAGGCGGAGCUGGAGAAGUACCAGCAGUACAAGGAUGUCUACACCGCCCUGAAGAAGGGCAAGCUCUGUUUCUGCUGCAGAACCCGGAGGUUUUCCUUCUUCACCUGGUCGUACACCUGUCAGUUCUGUAAGAGGCCCGUGUGCUCGCAGUGCUGCAAGAAGAUGCGGCUGCCCUCCAAGCCAUACUCCACGCUCCCGAUCUUCUCCUUGGGACCUUCUGCCUUGCAAAGAGGUGACAGCAUGCCGUCAGAGAAGCCCUCUGCUGGCCACCAUCGGCCACUGCGGAGCAUCGCCAGGUUUUCCUCGAAGACUAGGUCUGUGGACAAAGUGGACGAGGAGCUCCAGUUCCCCAAGGAGCUCAUGGAGGAUUGGAGCGCGAUGGAGGUGUGUGUGGACUGCAAGAAGUUCAUCUCUGAGAUCAUCAGCUCCAGCCGGCGCAGCCUGGUGCUGGCCAACAAGCGAGCCCGGUUGAAGCGGAAGACGCAGUCUUUCUACGUGUCCUCGUCGGCAGCCGCGGAGUACUGUCCUUCGGAGCGGACCAUCAGCGAGAUCUGAGCCACGCCUUCCCCGGGCAGAGAGGCUCCCAUCUGUCAGGUCCCACCGCGCUGUCGUCCCUGGGGUGACGUGGGGCAGCCAGGUUGGGGGCGGCGGGUGAGGCUGGCUUUGGCGUGUGGAUAUGGAGCUGGGUGCUGCCCUGCGUGGGUUCCCUGUGGUCCCCUGAUGUGUCCCUGACUAGGGUUCGGAGCUUCUCGGGUGAGAAGUCAGCCUGCUGGGCCGCUGUCAGCACGGUCCAUGGCAGUGAGUCAUGCUGGCUUCCCGAGAAGCAGUGCCACAGCCUGGCUCCGGGUUCCUGCGAGGGCCGCAAGCUCCAGGCCACGCUGGUGCAGAGCCGCUGGCCCCACAGUGUCCCCAGCCGAUGGCCUGCCCUGAAUGUAUUACCGUUACUAACAGUUAAUGACGAGUCGGGAAGCUGGAGUUCUGUGGGCAUUUGGGCGACAGACACCAAGUCUGAGCGGCCACGUGUAUUCCGGGUGACCGAGAAGCUGUGGCGUCCAGGGUGCCAGGGGAGGGAGCCGGGGCGUGUGCAUCUGCAGUGUUUUCUUAACUUUCUAGUGCAGCUUUCUCAAUUAAAUUAAGCCACAAUUUAGUACCUAAGGUCUCAAACUGAAGUUUAUUUUUGUAAAUGAAUUUUAAAAGGAAAAAAUACCUAGCUCUUUUAAAAGUACAAGAAAAUUUACCCGCACUGGCAGAUAUUGGGAUCCCCUCUGCCCUCCUGUGACUUGGGCUGAUGACCUGGGCGUCUGCUGAGGGUUGGCCCCUGGAGGCCAUCGCUUUUGCAGUCCUCUGUGCGCGUGCACAGCACUUCUGAUCGUGUGGGACACAGCCAUGGCCAGCCCGGCCCCCACCCGAGACGCUGUCCCGAGACAUGUCCACGUCGAGUAAUGGCCGUACCUCACCGCUGCUCCAGCGGUAGUUUUUACUGGGUGGAAAUUUACAACUUAGUAAAUGGCUUUAAACUACCUAGACCUAUAAAAUAAACUUUACGAGUUGACUCAAAUAA